AUGCAAGAACAAGGGAAGAACAUGGGUUUGUAUACAAGACGUACACAGAUGAAGAGCUUCGGUGAGAUUGAUUCCGGAGUGCUCUCAGGAAAGAGAAAAAAGGCUGGUAUUUCUGCUGAUGGAUUUUCUGGGGUUCCUGUUUUCCAGUCGAAAAGCUUGAUACUGAGGAGCCAAAACAAGAGCUACCGUCCUGCAUUUUUCAGAAAGGAGGAUUUAGAAAAAUCUCUCCAAAGAGCAUCUCGAGAACAAAAUCAAGUGAAUCCUGCCUUCCGACCGGGCGAUAUCCAGGUUGCUGGUUUUGAAGAAGUAAUAAAAGGAAUGAAGGAUAAUUCAAUUUCAACAUGGGAUGAUGUAGUCUUCAUUCCACCUGGAUUUGAUGUUUCAACUGACCCCAAAAAGCAACAACAAUAGGCAUUGAGACAGUAGCUGUUAAAUUUGUCUCAUCAUAUAAAGCUUAUAGGGAGGCAGUAGGUUACUUGAGGAUCCAGACCUCGAACCUGCAGAGGAAGAAGACGAUCAAAAUCGCUACAAUUCUCCACAAUCUUGCUCCCAUGGCCACCGAUCGUCG